AUGGCAAAAGUCAGGAACCUUGUCAACAAUAUACCAAACAGCUUCCCAGAAGACCACCCUGUCUUUAUGCUCGGUCUUUUACAAUGGCACGAGCAGGCGCAAUAUCCAGAAGGAAAUUCACACCCAGCUUGCACUGGCCGAGAAGCCUGGUUUGAGCGAUUCGUUAAAGAAAUCAGCAGACCCGCGAUCGAGGCUGGCGACGUUGAAAUUUUAUACGAGGGUUUACCUACCUCCCGCGUUCUUGGAAACGAAACGUGGGAUAUGGUCGCUUUGGUGAAAUUCACAAACAUCAACAUAUUCCGCAACACUGUCGGCAGUGACGACUAUGCACCGUCUAUAUUGGAACACCGUGACGCUGCACUGAAGAACUGGAACUUGCUUUUCUUCACUUCGCCGAAGUCCAGGUCCAGUGAAUACUUCGAAUAUCGACCACGGAAAUUUCGCUUAACUAGCAGCCUGCAUCAAAGACAACAAAACGACCAUAUCUCUUAA